UGCAACCGUUUGUGUUUGUUCGAUUUUACUUCACCCGGUAUCAAUUGUAUCGAACGAUUUUCCAAAAAAUAAAAACAAAAUGAAUGACAGCGGUGCUGUCGAGAAGAGUGACGGAGAAGAGAAAAUGGAUCCGGGCGCUAUCAGACACGGGAACUUCAUGAAUUAUUACCAAUUCCAUCCUGCGGAAGAGCGCGUGCGGCAACUUCCGCGUGGCGUGUGGCAGCGGCAACGGGUCGCUCAUCCGGCCCGGAAAUACGCGGGUCUAGACGUCGGCUGUAACGCCGGGGAUCUCACAUACAUUCUACAAGACUUCCUCGAGGAGGCUAUGUCGCAAGAUCAGCCAGAGAUCUCCUUAAUCGGCGUAGAUCUCGACCCGAUCCUGAUCGAGAAAGCGCGCGAGCGCAAUCCGCGCCCGGAUCGCGUGACCUUCGAGUGUCUGGAUUUUUUGUCUGAGGAUUGCGGCGAGAUGCUAAGAUGGUAUCUGACGCAGCUUAAUAAAACGCGAUUCGACGUGGUGUUCUGUUUCUCGAUCACUAUGUGGAUUCACCUGAAUCAUGGCGAUGACGGUCUGGAGGAGUUUCUGCGAAAGGUCUGCGAGCUGGCGGAAAUGAUCAUUGUCGAGCCGCAGCCUUGGAGAUGUUACAAAAACGCUUCGAGACGACUGCGAAGAGCGAAAUUGGGGGACUUUCCGCUGCUGAAGGAACUGAAAUACACCAGGAAUCCGAUGAAGCACAUAGAAGAUAUUUUGAGGAGACUGUGUGACUUUCAAAGAGUCACUGUUACUGCAGGCAACGAAUGGGGACGCAUGCUUUUAAUUUAUGAAAGGAAACAAGAAUCGUAA